GUUUAGGAAUCUUGAAAUGUAGUAUAAGAAUCGAUCGGACGAAGAAGAAAAGAAACAGAGCAAAACAGAGCUAAAGAGAGACAACAAUGGAGAUGAGGAGAGACAUUAGAGUGGAGAGGAAGGAGGAAGAGAACAUGUGUACUUCAUUGUUGACUGCAGUUGUUGUUCUUUCAAUGGCUUGUCUUAAACACUUUUCUUCUGUAUCGUAUUUGAUCGAGCAAUGGCGUUCUUUGGUCUUUCUUCUACUCAAUGUCGUUCUCUUAGCCGUUUACUUUACCUCGACUCGUCCUAACCCUGGGGGGACUCAUGAUUUCAAGACUCGUCGAGGAGGUAGAUUGAGGAUGAUGCGAGAGAAGAAGAAUAAGAGUAAGAAUAAGAAGACAAGGAUGGUGGUGGAACCGGCUUGUUCUGAUCAAGAUUUCUUAGUCGUUGAGCCAAUGGAAGUGAUCAAGAAGUGUGUUUUAGUGGAGGAGACGAGAAGGGUUUGUCCUGAAUUCAAGGAAACCGUGAAAGAUUGCUUGUUUCACAAGAAAGAAGUAGACUUUAAAGGAGAAGAAGAUGAAUUCGAGCCAGGGAGGUUAUCGAACGAGGAGCUAAACGAGAGAGUAGAAGCGUUCAUCACGACGUUUAGACAACAUUUGGUGCUUGAUGCGCGCAGAGGUAGAGAUAGAGAAACCGACGAGAAGAUGAGAUCAAAAGACUCUGACAUUAGCUUUUUAGGUCGGGAAGUCGCUUGUUCUUCGGUUUAAGAGUUUCUCUAAUCUUUGUUUCUCUUAAAAUUCGUUCGGUUUUGUUCGUUCUUUGGCUUCGUUUAGUAUGUGAGUUUGAGCUAAUAGCUCAAAAGAUCGCAUGAUGUAAUGUCAUAAGAACACAAGACUAUAUUCAAAACUUUUACAUAAGAACAAAAAAUUGAAAAAUAUAACCUUCUUCUAUGUAGAAAUGAAUAAUAGACUUUAAC